CCUUUUCCCAUUACAGCUACAAAUUUCAAGCUCAAGAUCCUUGGAGGAAUGGAACGGGUGGAUAUGUAGUGCAUCAGAAGGAGAGCCGUCGCCAAGGCAUCCUAUAAAUUACUGGAGGGAGCCUUGCCGAACUUACAUAGACCAACACAGACUCCGAACCCGUAUCACCAAGGGUCAGUUUCCUCGUCUCUUGAUCGGGCUCUCGGAAUAAUCCCAGACAAACUCCUAUUAUAUCCCCCUCGUUCCAGUACUUCCACCAAUUCAACAAACCAUAGAGACUCCAAAGAACGAACAUUUUCUUAUUCCUGUGCUACAAACCUCAGGCCUUAGAUUUAGACCUCACCUCUAUGACAUCUUCGGGUUCUUACCUCAUCUGGACAGCAAAACCCCUCUUCGAGGGCCCGGGGACAUAUCGUCAACACGCUGACAGUGAUGACAGUAAAGAAAGUGGUGCUCUCCAGCUCCUCGAACCUCAACUGCCGAACUUGACGACCCGGGCUAGUAUUCUUGCUGAGGAUGCCAUGGUCACUCACACGUUAUCGUUAUCCGGCAUACGCCCCGAACCUCUCUGCUCGAUCUCGUCGCCCUCAUCAUUUUCCUCCCCGUUCAUUCCAAAUUCAGCUCCAACAUCAAUGAGUCGAGAUGCACAGUCCUUGCCCACAGUUGCCCCUGAUAUAAAUAUACUGCUCUCGCCAACUUCCCGCCUCCCUGAUGAACUCCUUGGAGAGAUUUUUCACGAGUACGUCCUGUCGUUCUCGUGGGGAGCUGCUUCGAAUUCGCAGAUCGACCCAUCGAAGAGGCAAUUCGCUCCUUUGAGCUUGAUGCGGAUAUGUUCUCGCUGGCGGGACGUGUGUAUAUCCACGCCAAAGCUUUGGGUGUAUCAUUACAUUCCGAUGUUGAAACCUGGGCAACAAUUAUCAAGAUUCACUUCAUUGAAGUUGGGUGGGGAGGGAAAUAUGGAUAGAUCUUCCAAAUCCAAACCGUCUCGAGAUCUCUUGAAAUCCUACAUCAACUUAACGCAAUACACCAAACUCGCAUUAACUAACUCAAAAUCCUGCCCUCUCCAUGUCCACAUCGUCAUGUCCCCUGCUAUUUACCCCGUUCCAGCGGCGGUAGAUCUUUUGUUUAGUACCUCACAACGUUGGAAGAGUGCGUACAUCGCUUGCACUAUCGAGGCGACGUCCCCUGUGACUCUGUUCCCAAACAACUUGGGUGGAGGAAAUAAUUCAAAAAUCAAUUAUGCGGAUUUGGAAGAACUGACGUUGGAGUAUGAUGUGAGCGGGUUGAAUGAGGAACAGUUCAAUCAUGGUCUUGGUUUCGUUGGGAACGGACAUGGGUUGAGGAUUCCGUCCUUUGUGCGCGCUCCGAAGUUACAUGCACUGAGGCUGGUGAAAAUGAAGUGGUGGCCAGUGCUGGAUUCGGAGUUGGAUAUUAGCAUACAGGAUGACGACGCUAUCGGUGAGACGGAUGAUGGAGAUGAUGGAGAGGGAUUUGAAAGGAACGAUGGGGAAGGAAGGCAUGAGAUGGAAGAGGGAGUUGUUCCUCAUUAUCUUCCUUAUUCGCAAAUUCGAAGUCUAACGGGAAGCGCAUCCCUGCCGACGUUGUACACCCUCCUCAAGUUGUGCACUAAUCUCGAAAGGGUGGAGGUCGAGCAAGAGCGAUUUCCAGGCCUCACCCUUCCUCCGCCAGAUGUGUCUGAUUCCGAUCCAAAUGGAGGUGGUGGUCGUGGAGACAUUGGUGAAGGAGGAAGGGGACUAGCAUCGGGAGUCGCUUCACCUCAUACCUCAACUCAACAAGUUUAUAGCCCCAUUUACGAUUGGAAUAGCACUUUCCACACUGGUCACGCCCCGAACACCAAAAUCAACACUCCGUGCCUCCAUACGCUCCACCUCACAUUGCCCACCGAUCAACCCUCGUUGACAAAUUGGAUUCGGCGUGCGCCGUCGUUGAGAAGCCUUUCAUUGACGGGGGGUAAACUCACUUCGAAAAUCAUUCAUGCACAGGUUGUGCGUGAUUUAAUUGCGUUUGUGCGUCGGCACAGAGAAUCAGGCUUCUUCGACUCUGGAUUUGGUAGAUUCGACGACGGCUUUGGUGGACCGAGAAGGUGCGACUUUGAUAAUUUUACGCCAAGUGCCCAUGCUGAAAGCUGUACCAGUGGGUUAGAAAGCUUCGCUCUCUCAACAGUUGAAAUCAGCCCUGACCAGCUCGUUGAGCUGUUCACACUUAUGCAUGGGUUGAAAAAGUUGAACCUAGUACACAGUCGUGGGCUGCGAGGUCAUAUUUGGAGGUGUUGAGAGGUGGAAGUGGAGAGGUGCUUAGAUGGUUGAGGGUGUCGAGCUCAUUGAGUCCAUUGAGGGUUCAUCGACGUCUUCAAACAAUAUCUCACUCUGUAUCCCAUCGCUCCGCGAAGGAUAUGUUUAUUGAACGUGGCCCAGAUGGUGUCUGCCAAAUUGCAGAUCCGAAGAACAUUCCCAGUGAGACAUUAAAAAAACGGAAGAA